UGCUGUCAACAUUAUUUCUAUAGAAAUUUAUGAUUUCAUUUUCAUUAUUCGAUUCAAAAACCAAAACAGUGCUAAUUGGAGUCCAAUCAAAAUCGUCGGCACUGUAGAAACGAAUGUAUCAGAGUCGUUAGACAGCUGGAAGUGAAAGUGAAAGUGUUCGGUGCUAGUUUCGAUCCAUGAAAGUGACGGUGUGUGUCGGUGUGGCAUAUGCAGUGAGCGAGAGCGGGCUGGAGCCGUAUGUUACGUAAAGAGUGGCAACAUGUCGUGGUCGCAGCGGCCGGGCAGCACGGCUCCCCCGCCUGAGCACGCGCCCUACGCACCUUCGCCGCACCUGCCGCAGCCACAGGCUUAUGGGAAUCAGAAUACGUAUGCUAACUACUCAGGAGCUCCCCCAACCUCAGGGAACCCAACAACGCAACAGUAUUGGCAAGUGCAACAGCCACUCUACAAUCAGCAAUACGGCCAACAGGUGUACCAGCAGCAGGAUUGUGGAAACAAUGCUAAUCAGUUGUUUCAACAGCCAGCACAGUACAACCAGAACUAUACUAAUCCGAGUUUCACCAAUAUCCAGCAACAAGGUUAUCAGCAAAAUUACUACCAAAACCAAGGGGCACAGCACCAAAACUACCAGAAGAAACCAAAUACUGAUAGCUGGGAAGACAAUUGGGACUGGGGCUGGGAAGACUCUUCUAAGCAAACUCAGCAUGCUGGAGGGCAGAAUACAAGUGGUGCAGUCCAACCUGGUGCUCAGCCUCAACAACAGCAAAUAUUUAAUAAUGCUAAUGUUAUAGAAGAAAGUUUUUCCAAUACUGAUACCUGGAAUUGGUCCACAGAGGAUAAAAAAGAUUCUAUAGAUUCAACACCUCAACAGCAGCUAGAGGCCUCUAAAAUAACACCGGAAAGUAUUCCUCUAGAAAAUAGUAGUGUAAACGAGCAGUCUAUACAGAGGCACACCAGCAAUUUGUCAGCACAGCUUCCUGUUCCUGAAGAAGUGAGAAGUUUGAGUGACAGAGAAAUAGUCAAGGAGCGUUUGCCAAACCUAGCAGUUGGAAAACGCCUCCACCUAGACAAUUUAACCCCACAGUGGUCAAUAGAAUCCCAAAUGUCGCAGGAGUCAAGUGAUGGCUUGCAAACUCAUUCUGAAGGCACCUACAGAAGUGAUAAUCAAUCAAGGAAUUCUAGCAAAAGUAGUCCAGGUCCAAACACUGACAACUCUAAUUUCAAUUACUCUCAGUCUGGAUUUGAAGAGUGGUCUCAUCAUUCAAAUGAGGAAUCAACACUUGUUGACAAUGCUGGCAGCAGUAGUAGAAGGGAAAGUCAUGAUGAAUUACCUGCUUCUAUGCAAGAUAUGAAUAUUACGAAUAGAGAAAUUCCUGCUCCUGAAUGUCAUAAUAAAAAAGAUUUGGACCCUAGAAAAGCACCAGAAAAUAUAUUACCAAAUCUUCCUCCACCUUCUGCGUCUCCUUCAAAUUUACCUCCACCUGUCUCUUCUACCAUGCCCCCUCCACCACCUCACUGUUCAUCCACAGCUUCUCCAGCACUGCCAAUAACAUUAGCAAGCUUACCCCCACCUCCUACUUCAUCAUCUUUUCCUCCUCCUAUAAACUUUCCCACUUCAUCAGGAUCAAAUCCAUUUAAACAGAAUGCACAAUUUUCUCACAAGAAAGUUUCCUCUGCUAGUCCAUCUCUCCAGGCGUUCCCUAAUUCGACAUCCAAUACUAACCUAGUGUCUCCGGCUGCAGUUAACAAAGCUUCCCAACAUAGGGUACCAGUUGGAUUUGGAGCUAACUUGGAAACAACACCUGAUAAUUCGGAGAGGCCUGACCAACCACAAAUGUCACCAUUCCGACCCAUGCCCAUUGCUCCACAGGUCCCUGAUAAUCUAGAAGUAGCACCACAAAAUGAUAGAAAUGAAUAUUUGCAAACAGCUCAUCUAUCAAGUGGGGAUUAUGGCGACAACACUGAUUUUAGCCGAAAUGUGCCACCUCCUGGAUUUAGAAGGAUGGUUGUCGGUCAACAAGAAUCUGAAUACAGUCAAAACUUGAAUAUGCCUGGUGAUGAACCUCCACCUGGCUUGUCAAGAAUGGUACCAGGGCAACAGACAGAGUCUGAUAACAGCUACAACCAAUCAAGUGAUAAUUACAGGGAGCGUCAUAUAGAUGGACAACCCACUGAGAGUGAAGGACGACCUUUCCGCCAAGCUGAUGGUCAACAAAAUCCCAACUACAGUCAACCUCCCUCUGCAAGGGCAUCAGAGAGAAGACCUUUUGGCUUGGACAGAAUGGUACCUGGAGAACCCAGCAAUAAUGAAUUCCCCCAAUACCAGGCGAAUAAUUAUAGCAGUAGUAACGAGCAGCGGGUAGUGACUGGAGUUGAUCAUGACUAUCCUAUACCAAGUGAUGUAGGCCCCUCGGAGAUGAGGGAACAAAAUGUGGAUGGGUCAGACUAUUCAGAACAGACACCCAGAUCUGCACUGAGAGGCCAGCCAGGGAAUACCCGAGAAGUGAAUAGUGACAUACCACCUGAGUUCAAUGCAGCUCCUGAAGAGCAGCAACGAGAGAUUAUCAUGGAGGGAGAGAACUUGCAAGACUUGAGCAUUAUAUCAUCUGCUGAAAUGUCGUACUCCCGAGAACAAACUUUAGAAGGGGCAGAUAUAAAUGCAUGUGAUAUGGGAAUGGACAGAAAAAUCGACGCAUCCGAUUCCUUGGAGCACCCAGUCACAAGUUCUAGGAGGCAAUCUUUAAAUCGUAUUAACACUUCAGGCGAGGAGUCCGAGAGAGAUAAAGCUUUCAAAGCCUCCCCAAGGAGGGACCGUGACAAAUACUCUAAAUCUUCGCGAGAUCGCGACCGAGACAGGGAGAGAGACGAGGGACGGUACUCGCGAGGCGACCGGAAGUAUGACAGAGAAUCCGACAGGAGGUCGAUACGCGACGACCAUCGCUCUGAAAAGGAUCGCAGGGAGAGAGACAAGGAGCGCGACAGGCGUGACCGUGAUGAAAGCCCACACUCACGGAGGCACCGGCGUAGCGCACGCAGCCAUCGCUACGAAACAGAAGACACUGACUAUUACAGUGAUAAAGAGCGUGAGCGCAGGCGCUAUAGAGAAGGAUCUUACACAUCGAAACCGCCGCGGCCAGAGGACAAAGAGAAGCGCUACGAGGACCGCGAGCGCAGCCGCCGGUACAACACAAUCGAGCGCGACCGCCACUACGGCGAUCGGCGCGGCGACCGCCGAGACCGUUACGAGGCGCGCUACCGCGACAUCGACCCGGCGCGCAAGCACGGCAACCUCCGUCUCGAGCGCGACGACGAGGAACGACGCCGAGUGAAGUUCUCAAGCGAUGAGAAACCUAACAAUUGUAGGAAAGAAGGCGAGGCGUACUCGCCGCGCGGCGCGUCGCGGGAGGCGCAGGCGCAGGCCACGGACGAGGAGGCCCCCGAGGCCGAACGCCGCGACCGCCGCGAACGGCGCCGCGACCGCCGCGACCGCGACCGCGCAGACCCUUACUACGAUGUGUACGGCGGCGGCGUAUACGGCGACCCGUACGCGCUGCAGCGGCAGCAGUAUCAGUACUACGAGCACCUGCGGCUGACCAACCCGGCCGCUUACAUGCAGGUGUACAAGCAGCUGCUGGCCGGGCGCGCACCGCCCCCGCCCUCCGACUUCCGUCCGUCCAAGCUUUCGCAAAACUACGCUGACGUAUACGGCUCUCUGGGGUACGAAGGAAGGGAGAGAGAGGACCGCGGCAGCGUGCACUCGGGCCGGUCCAGCACCAACGGGCUCAAGGGCAACGACACGUACUUCGGCGGGCUGGCGCUGGGCGCGGCCUUCCGCCGGGACGGCUCGCUGCACGACGCGCCCUCGCUGCGCACCGACCUCUCCGACAGGGACUUGAACACGGAUGCGUCGCUGAACCUGCACCUGGAGGAAUCGACGGUGCGCUCCGAGCGCAUGACGCCUUUCAAGUUCUCCACCGCGCACGUCAAGGGCAGCAUAUCGUCGCGACACAUCGUGGUGGUGCGACCGUCGUACCCGGUGGACGGGCUGCCGGCCACGGUGCAGAUCCUGUCGCUGGCGGCGGCCACGGCGGAGGACCCGCUCGCUGCAGAGCUGCACGGCUACCCCGGGCCACUGGUCAAAGGUGACGUUCCAUUUCACAUUUCGACGGGCGAGCCCUGGCUGGCGCACGGCGGCGCGCGCCCCGCGGGGCCCCCGGCCGCCGGCCGCUACGGGCGCGUCAUCUCCGACACGGUGGACUCGUGGGCGCGGCGGACGGUGCUCGUGCGCGACGGCGCCUUCAAGCCGCUGGUGUUCGGCGGCACGUACCCGAUCGAGGUGCCGGCGUCGCCGGAGGAGCGGCCCGCGCCGCCGGUGGCGGAGGUGCGGGCCACCGUGGACCGCGCCGCGAACCGCCGCGAGCUGCGCCGCACCGUCGAGCGCAGCCUCGACCGCUUCGACGCCAUCCUGGCGCGGCGCGGCGCGCCCACCUUCGCCGUGGACGCGCCCCCGCCGUCCGCCCGCGCCCGCGCCCCCGCCCCCGCCCCCGCCGACUUCUUCUUCGGCUGCCCGCUGGCACUAAGGGGCGUGUUCCGCUAUGACGUCGUCGAGGAAUCAGACAAGCGUGGUUUCAUUGACCCCACCGCGUCCUACCGCCAGACCGCAGUUGCGCAUGCGCAGGGCGGCGCAGGCGCGGGCGCCGACGAGCCGCGGCCCACCAUCACCAUGCCCGGCGCGAGCGCCGGCCGCGCGCCGUUCGCCGACUACGCCGAGUACGACGACGACCGGCCGCCCAGCGCAGGCGCGGAACGCGAGGCGGAGCGGCCGCAGGGCUCGGCGCCCGCCCCCGGCCAGGACCGGCCCAAGGACGAGAGCAAAGGCAAGGGCGGCGGCUGGCUGGGCGGGCUGUUCACGAAGUUGUCGCUGCGGCCUCCCAACCAGAUGAUCCUGCCCGACGAUAAGAACCCCUCCAUCGUGUGGGACGAGGAGAAGAAGCGCUGGCGCAAUGUGGACGGGUCGGAGGACGAGACGCCGCAGCCGCUGCCGCCCCCGCCCAAGCUGCAGCACCACGCACUCCCGCACGCCGCCGCUGCACCGCCGCAGGCGCCGCCGCCCGCCUCCAACAUCUUCAAGAUGCAGAAGGGCAGACACAUAAAGAAGUCGUACGUGGACGUGUUCAACCCGUCGGGCGCCGCGACGCGCGCGCUGCCGCCGGCCGCCGAGGUGCUGGGCCCCGCGGCCGUGGCGCACGCCGCGCCCGCCUUCUUCGUGCCUUCGCCCGCGCAGCCGCACCAGAGUGGAAUUUACGAGCCGACUCUGCGCGAACACACCGAGGAAGACCACUACAACACCGGCAUCUAAGCCGCUGUCGCUCGUCGCUGUCCCGCACCGGGCCGUCGAGGCCUCUGCCUUAAGCCCGUCAAGGAACGCGACGUACGCAGCGGCGCACCAGGCGUACGGCUCGAACGACGGCAACUCUCAAAGCUCCGUUUGUGAUUUAGGACGACCGCGACGCACCCGAUUGUGGCGCAACGCUUCCGGCAACCAGACGACAGCUACAGCUUUCGACAACUGUAUGCCCAAUUAUGUGUGCUACAUGUGGAGGGCCUCGCGUUCGAUCCCGAACUUUUUGUAAAUUGCUUCUGGGAGGGUUGUUCCGGGCGGUCCUCUUCGUUGCUCUGGUAGUCAGUCAUGGUACAGGGAAGCUCCUAGUUGAGACCAGGUGUCUGGCGUUGCUGCCUCGCACUAUUUACAUUACAGUUAAAUUUGUGUGAUCAGUCGUCGUGUUCGCGAGCACCAGUUCGGCAGUGAUAGGACGGUUAAACGUGAAUUAUAUUUUAUCGAUAUUGUUGUUUUAUAUUCAUUACUUAAUUAUAUAUCAUUAUCCCUCUGGGAAAUCGCGGCCUUUCGGCCCGUGUGACGUAUCUAAUAAUCGUAAUUUGUAACGGAAAUAAAGUCAAAUCCAAUUUUUGUGAUGACAUUUUUGUUAGGAUUGAAAACAAUUUGUAUUAUUUUGUCAAUGUUAAUUAUUAUUAUUAUUAUUUAAUUUGGAAUAUUAUUUUCUAUAGCUUUAGGGUAUCCAGCCAAUUGAAUAGAUAUAUAUUUGGGUUGUUAAUAUAAAUUGUUUGAAGGUGCAAUAAGGUGAUCCUAUUUGGCUCUGUCGCUGUAGACGUAGACAAUAAACGAUCAUGUGCUCUAUCUGCAAUGGAUUAUAUUUUUCUCCCGUACUCCGAUCGUUCGUGUAAUAUAGUGGUUAUGUACAGAUCUGAAUGAAGCACGCGGGGUCGGCGGCGGCGCCGUCUUUUCUGUAUAUCUGUCGUGGUGCCGCCGAUCGCCGACUGCCGACCACCCGCCGUCUGCCGUCGUUGGCGACAUGUUCCAAUUGUAUUAUAGCAAAGGGAGUGGAAAAUAUUUAAAUAAACUGUUUAUGUUAUCGCUUACAUCUGAAUUUCAUUUUAAGCAACCGUGGAAAGUACGCCUAUCUACCUCUUCGAUUUAACACCUGGGAUGAUACUGG